AUGGAGAAGAAUAUGGGGUCAUCAACUCUGUAUUAUCUCUUCAUGUUUAUGCGCUUUCUCGUUUUACUUUCGGGUUUUCAUCUAAUGGUGACUGAUUCUUCCCCUUCUGUAGUGCAGCACCCACUGUGCCAUGGUAGUGAUAGCUCCGCAUUGCUUGAGUUCAAGCAAAGCUUUUUGAUUGAAAAGUUUGCUUCUGGUGAUCCUUCUGCUUAUCCAAAGGUUGAAAUGUGGCAGCCGGAAAGAGAAGGAAGUGACUGCUGCUCAUGGGAUGGCGUCGAGUGUGACACCAACAAUGGCCAUGUGAUCGGCCUUGACCUCUCUAGCAGUUGUCUCUAUGGUUCUAUCAACUCUAGCAGCAGCCUCUUCCGUCUUGUUCAUCUUCUGAGGCUUGACCUCUCUGAUAAUGAUUUCAAUUACUCCAAGAUCCCACAUGGGGUUGGUCAGCUUUCAAGGCUGACAAGUCUCAACCUGUCCUCUUCCAGAUUUUCUGGCCAAAUCUCAUCACAGAUCCUGGAGCUGUCCAAAUUGGUUUUCCUUGAUCUCUCAUCAAACCCUUUGCACCUCCACAAACCCAACUUGAGAAAUCUGGUUGUGAACUUAACCCAGCUCAAGAAACUUCAUCUCAACGAGGUGAACAUUUCUUCUAGAGUACCUGAUGUCUUCGCAAAUUUAUCUUCUCUGACAUCUCUCUUGCUUGAAAAUUGUGGAUUGCAUGGUGAAUUCCCAACAGGUAUUUUCCAUCUAUCAAGCCUACAAUUUCUCAGUGUGAGAAAUAAUCCAGAUUUGACUGGUCUUUUUCCUGAGUUCCAUCACACCAGUUCUCUUAAGUUGUUGGCUCUUGCUGGUACAUCUUUCUCUGGUCGGCUACCAACUUCAAUCGGAAACCUUGACUCCUUGGUUGAGUUGAAUAUCAGUUCAUGCAACUUCACAUCUGGGUUGAUUCCAUCUUCCCUUGGUCGUCUUAUCCAGCUAACCAGUCUAGACCUUUCAAGGAACUCUUUCAGUGGCCAGAUCCCUUCUCUUUCAAAUCUAAAAGAACUAGAUACUUUAGACCUUUCCUACAACCAAUUUAUUGGUGAAAUCCCAUCUUGGCUAAUGAAUCUGACCAGAUUAAGGCGUUUGUAUCUUGCAGGAAACAGAUUGGAGGGUCCAAUCCCAAGUUCGUUAUUUGGACUAGUGAAUCUUCAAUGUCUUUAUCUAGAGUCAAAUUACUUGAAUGGGACAGUGGACCUCAAUAUCUUAUCUGAGAUGAAAAAUCUCAUUGAACUCCAGUUAUCAAAUAACAGUUUAUCAUUGCUUAGUAGCAUCAACAUCAACGCUACUACUCUUCCUACGUUCAAAGCUUUAGGAUUGAAUUCAUGCAACGUAACUGUGUUCCCUGAUUUCCUGCAGAACCAAGAUGAGCUGGAGGUGCUCCUCCUCCGCCAAAACAAAAUCCAUGGUCCAAUUCCAAAAUGGUUGUGGAACACAAGCAAAGAAACUCUAGCAUAUAUAGACCUUUCCCACAACUUUCUCACAGGCUUUGAUCAGAACCACCCCGUUGUUCUUCCAUGGUCUAGGCUACGCAUUUUAGACCUCAGCUAUAACAUGCUUCAAGGAUUCCUCCCAAUUCCACCACAGUCUCAGAGAAUGAACUGA